GGCCAGUGGAGUCAGAGAGGGGGGAGAGCAGCCCAGCGAGCCGGCGGUCUGCGAAGAGAGAGCCGAGGCAGGGGGAUAUAAACGCCGGCAGAGAGACAAGAAGAGGCGGAUAUUACAGAGAACUCCCGGGUGAUACCUGGUUCGUCAGAGGGAGUGGUUUGAGAUUUUGGACAGUGCGGAAAGAGCGGUGACCCCCGGGGAGCGACGGGGGGGGGGGAGCCAGGAAGUACAGAAGCCGGUCAGGUGGGACGCGACGAGACAACACAGGUGACACCGGCGCACAGCUUUGUAUCCCUGGAAACCGGUUGACUCUGCUGGAGAAGAACAGAAACAGAGGAAGAAGAGGAAUAUACAGAGGGAGGAAGAGAGCAGGGACCUGUCCUCCUCUGAGUUUAUGGACUGGAGGUGGCGAUGUCUCCAGGAGAGGACGGUCUGAUCGGGAUCCCCUUCCCAGAGCACAGCAACGAGCUCCUGUUCCGCCUCAACGCCCAGCGCAGGGCGGGGCAACUCUGUGACCUCACCCUGACCUCGCGGGGCGCCCGCUACCCCACCCACCGCUCUGUCAUGGCUGCCGUCAGCCUCUACUUCCGCGGGCUGUUUGGGGCGGAGGAGGGGGCCGAGGCGGGGGGAGGAGGAGGGUUCAGUGUAUGCCAGCUGGACUGUGUAACGCCCGAUGCCCUGGAUGCCCUGCUGGAGUUCGCCUACACGGCCACCCUGACCAUCCGCAGCUCUGGCAUGAGAGACGUGUUGAGAGGGGCUCAGUUACUCGGGAUCCAGUGUGUGGUUGACGCCUGUAGAGACAUACUGGGGGAGACGGCGGGGGAGGUAGAGUGGGAGACGGGGGAGCAGAGGGUACAGGCAGAGAGGGAGAGAGAGGUGGCGAGGGGGAUUAAGAAAGGCUCCCGGAGGAAGAUAGACAGACGGAGAGUCACCAAGGUGGAGUCGUCACACCACCAGCCACUGCCUCAUCGCCCGAAUGUCAACACACACCAGCACCCCUCCACUCCUCCUCCACACCCCUCACCUGUUCAAGAUGGGGCCCGCUCUCAACCCUCCACCCGACCCCCCAGCCCUGAGCAGGAAGAGCACCCCCCCACCAUGGGACAGAACGGGGAUCGGAAGCAGGGCAGGGGUGCAGGUAGAGGGAGUACAGCAGUCAACGGAGAGGUGCACUGGCCUCAGGAGCGCCUCCUCGCCCCCCACCCCCCUCUCCCCCUCUCAGACGACAGACUGUCAGAAGACGAGGAGGAGAUGGAGGGAGUAGGGAACGGAGGGGUGCCCAGCUUUACUUCCACCCCCCUGGCAGAGCAAGGGGGGGCCACGGGGGCAGGAGGAGUGGGUAGGAAGAGGAAGUCUCAGACCCCUCAGCAGUGUCCUGUCUGUCAGAAGAUCAUCCACGGAGCGGGGAAGCUGCCCAGACACAUGAGAACACACACCGGGGAGAAACCAUUCGAGUGCUCUACCUGCGGGGUCCGCUUCACCAGGAAUGACAAGUUGAAGAUCCACAUGCGUAAACACACAGGGGAGCGUCCGUACCCCUGCCCUCACUGCCCCGCCCGCUUCCUGCAUUCCUACGACCUGAAGAACCACCUGUCUCUCCAUAGCGGGGCGCGACCCUUCGAGUGCCCGCUCUGCCACAAGGCCUUCGCUCGCGAGGACCACCUCCAGCGCCACCGCAAGGGCCUCAGCUGCCUGGAGGUCCGUACCCGGGCACGGCCAAGGCGCGGGUCUGGGGCUGACCACAGGGAGGAGGGCAGAAGGGAUAGAGGAGGAGGAGGAAGAGGGCAUUCUCCAGACCAGCUCGACCCACUGGAGAAUCUGGCCCUGCAGCCCCACGCCUCAGCAUUCCACCCCCGUGCUGGGAUGGUGGGCCUUGGGGAUGAGGCUGGGGUUGGGGCUGGGGCUGGAGGUCAAAUGGUGUUCCAGAAGGAGGCUGACAGGGAGCGAGCUUUAGCCCUCUUAGGGCCUCACAGGCUGCCUUACACUGGUCUGCUGUGGAGAAGCCUGGAGCUGGGGGCGAGAGGGGUGGAAGGGGAGGAGGCAGGCGGGGGCCACUCUCCUGCACUUCAGCAUGCAAGAUGGGAGGAGGCAGGCGGGGGCCACUCUCCUGCACUUCAGCAUGCAAGAUGGGAGGAGGAGGCAGAGGAGGAAAUGGCAGAAGAAGAUGAGGAAGACGAAUGAGAAGAGAAGAAGAGAAGAGA